GGUCCUUCCAGUACAUCCCUGUGCAGCUGCAAGGGGGGGCGCCCUGGGGCUUCACCCUUAAGGGGGGUCUGGAACACUGCGAACCGCUCACAGUGUCUAAGCUUUUUGUGUCCUAAGAAGUCUUUGCCUUACCCAAGAUGACAUAGUGAGCUCUUGCUGGGCUGCCAGAUUCAUGAAAUCAUGUCUUGGAAAAUUCUGCUGCAUUCUGGUAUCAUCAUUGAGCUUGACUCUCCUCAUGGUGGUCCAUCGGCAACAGGAAAGAAGCUUUUCUUAGACUGCCAAGGUGAAGUUGCUGCUCCCCCCCCACCCCCUGCCACCACCGAUGUUGGGGCCUUGGUUCCUUAGCUGUGCAGAACUGGCACUGUUCAGGGGGAUGUGUUGAAAGACUACAAGUUGCGGAGCCACAGACAUCGGGGUUCAAAGCCUGGAAGUUCUCUUUCCUAGCCAGAUUGAAGAUGGAGGCAAGGCAGCCUUGUCCCAGAAGAUGAGGACUGGUGAUGAGCUGGUGAAUAUCAAUGGCACUCCAUUGUAUGGCUCCCGCCAAGAGGCCCUCAUCCUCAUCAAAGGCUCCUUCCGGAUCCUCAAGCUGAUUGUCAGGAGGAGGAACGCCCCCGUCAGUAGGCCACAUUCAUGGCAUGUGGCCAAGCUGCUGGAGGGAUGCCCUGAAGCGGCCACCAACAUGCAUUUCCCUUCUGAAGCCUUCAGCUUGUCCUGGCAUUCCGGCUGCAACACGAGUGACGUGUGUGUGCAGUGGUGUCCACUCUCCCGGCACUGCAGCACUGAGAAAAGCAGCUCCAUUGGCAGCAUGGAGAGCCUGGAGCAACCAGGCCAAGCCACCUAUGAGGGCCACCUCUUGCCCAUUGACCAGAGCACAUACCCCAAUCAGCGUGACUCAGCCUAUAGCUCCUUCUCGGCCAGCUCAAAUGCCUCUGACUGUGCCCUUUCCCUUAGGCCAGAGGAGCCAGGCUCUGUGGACUGCAUCAUGCAAGGCCCAGGGCCAACUAAGGCCCCUAAUGGCCAGCUUAAUGUGGCCGAGACCUCAGGAGGUGGCCGGCGUACCAGUGGGGGCCACCUGACUCCUAGCUCCCAGAUAUCAUCCCGUCCACAGGAGGUCCACCACUCAGGGCCUGCCAAGGCUGCCAGGGGUCCACCACAACCUCCAGUGAGGCGAGACAGUCUUCAGGCCUCCAGAGCCCAACUCCUCAAUGGAGAGCAGAGCAGGGCUUCUGAGCUUGUGGACUCCUUGCAACAGGAGAAACCUAGCUUGGACACCAUGCUAUCCCCAAGGAACCCUAACAGGUUCUGCUGCCUCAGCGGGCAAGACCAAGUGACAAAUGAGGGCCAUCAGAACUGUGAGCUCAGCCAACUUCCUGAAUCCAGCCAGAAGGGCUCUGAGCAUCUACUGAUGGAGGCCUCGGCCAAAGCUGUUGGAUUCCCAAAAGCAUAUGACAAAGCUUCCAGCACAGAUUCCAGCCCACUCAACCAGGCUUCAGCAGAACUAGCUAAGGCUUCUUCUUUUGGCAGCCCUCCACACCUCACAGGACAUCGCCAUAGUGCCCCUGAACAGCUACUGGUGUCCCACUUGCAGCAUGUGCACCUUGAUACUAGGGACAGCAAGGGGAAGGAGCUUCCAGCUGGGCAGGAUGGGCAGGAGUGGACUCUAUCCCCUUUGCACAGUAGCCACACAGGCAAGAAAAGCCCAUGCCCUGCUGCAGGAGGAACCCAGGACCAGCCCAGCAAAGAGAGAAAGACCAGGCCAGUGGAUGAUAGACUUCUGGGUUCGGGGCAUCAGAGCCCAAGCAGUUCCCCACAUGGAGAAGCUGAUGGACACCCUCCAGAAAGAAGUUUCCAGGACCCAAACAGAGCAAGCAGAGCUGACAGUGAAUUGGCCAGCCAGCAGUCCUCUGCCUCUGGCUCCCUUGUUCAACAAACCACUAAAGUAGCUGGCCGCACAGAGGCAACUGAAGAAGGGGACAGCGAGCCCAAGGAGUGUGGCCGGGUGGGUGGUAGGCGAAAUGGAGGGACCCGGGGCCGCUCAAUACAAAACCGGCGCAAGAGCGAGCGUUUUGCUACCAAUCUACGUAAUGAAAUUCAGAGGAGGAAGGCCCAGCUCCAGAAAGGCAAGAGUCCCUUGUCACAGCUGUGUGACACCAAGGAGCCAGUGGAAGAGACCGAGGAGCGCCUAGAAAGUCCUCCACUUCCUGCCUCUAACUCAUCUCUUCUGUCUUCGUAUAAAAAACCACCUAGCCCCAGAGACAAGCUCUUCAACAAGAGCAUGAUACUCAGGGCUAGGUCUUCAGAGUGCCUCAGCCAAGCCCCUGAGGGCCAUGAAUCUAGGACGGCCUUGGAGGGACGAAUGAGCCCUAGCCAGAGACCUGGCCAGUCCUCUUUGAGCCUGAACACCUGGUGGAAGGCAUCUGACCCAUCCUCCUCAGACUCUGAAAAAACAAAUGUUCACCGCGGAGUCCGUGGAGGUCACUGGAGAUGGUCGCCAGAGCACAACCUGCAGCCACACGUGGCACUAGCCGUGGAAAACUCUUCCAACCCAGGUGACAAGGAAUUGAAGGCUUCUACUGCCCAAGCUGGGGAGGAAGCCAUCCUCUUGCCCUUUGCAGACAGAAGAAAGUUCUUUGAAGAGAGUAGCAAAUCUACAUCUCAUUUGCCAGGUUUAACCACUCAUAGCAAGACUUUUACUCAGAGACCAAAACCUGUUGACCAAAACUUCCAGCCAAUGAGCUCCAGCUAUAGGGAAUUGAGGCGCCAUCCCAUGGACCAAUCAUAUCACUCCACAGACCAACCCUAUCAUGCCACAGACCAAUCAUAUCAUUCCAUGUCACCCCUUCAGUCAGAAACUACCACUUACAAAGAAUGUUUUGCAAGCAAAGGUCUAGAACAAUCCAUGUGUUGUAAGCCACUACACUGUGGUGAUUUUGAUUACUGCAGGACGUGCUCUUACUCCUGCAAUGUCCAGGGAGCUGUAGUCCAUGACCCUUGCAUUUAUUGUUCUGGGGAAGUCUGCCCUGCUUUGCGAAAGAGAAAUAUGAUGCCAAACUGCUACAACUGCCGGUGCCACCACCACCAGUGCAUCCGGUGUUCAGCUUGCUAUCAUAAUCCCCAGCACGGUACCCUUGAGGACAGCAGCUUGGCACCUGGCAACACUUGGAAACCCAGGAAUCCAACAGUGCAGGACUUUCCUGGGGACAAAUGGAAACCAGUAACAGGAAACAGGAAGACCAGCCAGUCAGGGAGGGAAAUGGCUCAUUCCAAGGCUAGCUUUUCAUGGGCAACCCCCUUCCAUCCUUGCUUUGAGAACCCAGCACUGGACUUGUCAAGCUACCGAGCAAUCUCUUCUCUUGACCUCCUUGGAGACUUCAAGCACUCCUCAAAAAAACCAGAGGAAACCUCCGUUUAUGAAGAGGAGAGCUCCCUAGCCUCCAUGCCCCGCCCACUGCGCAGCCGGGCCUUCUCAGAGAGCCACAUCAGCUUGGAUCCUCAGAGCUCCCGGGCCUGGGGGCAGCAUAGGAAGGAGCUCUUUACCAAAGUUGAUGAGAUCCAGCCAGAUCCUCUGGGUGCCAGGAAGAAGGCCUUUCCUCCUCCUCGCCCUCCUCCUCCCAACUGGGAGAAGUACAGGCUCUUUCGUGCAGCCCAGCAGCAGCAGCAACAGCAGCAGAAGCAGCAAAAGCAGCAGCCAGAGGAGGAGGAAGAGGAGGAGGAAGAGGAAGAAGAGGAAGAGGGGGUGGAGGAGGAGGAGGAGGGGGAGGAGGAAGAGUUGCCACCCCAGUAUUUCAGUUCAGAAACCACUGGUUCCAGUGCCCUCAAUCCUGAGGAGGUCCUGGAGCAGCCCCAACCGCUGGGCUUUGGCCACCUGGAGGCUUCAAGGCAGAGCUCACAAAGCCUUCCAGCAGAGCAAGAGUCUUUUGCUCUCCAUUCCAGCGAUUUCCUGCCUCCAGUAAGGGGCCAUUUGGGAUCUCAAGCUGAGAAGGCUCUGCCCCCUUGCUAUUAUGGCAUUGGUGGGCUUUGGAGAACAUCAGAGCAGGAGACCACUGAUUCCCCCAAACCAGAAGCUUUGAUGGCAGAAGAGUCCAAACCUAAGCCAGCAUGGAGCCAGAGCUACUUCUUUCCUGAGGAGCAGUUCUCUUUCAUGGGCUGGGGCUCCGAGAAGCAGCACCUCAACCCCGCAGGCUUCAGUGAACCCAAGACAACAGGACAAGAGUUUCAGCACUUCUCACCUCCUCAGGGUGCCCCAGGGAUCCCUACCUCUUAUUCAGCUUAUUACAAUAUUUCUGUGGCCAAAGCAGAGCUGCUGAACAAGUUGAAAGACCAACCCGAGAUGGCAGAGAUGGGCCUGGGAGAGGAGGAAAUUGACCACGAACUGGCUCAAAAAAAGAUUCAGCUCAUCGAAAGCAUUGGCAGAAAACUUUCUGUCCUGCAGGAGGCCCAGCGAGGAUUGCUGGAGGACAUCACUGCCAAUUCUGCCCUUGGGGAGGAGGUGGAGACCAACCUAAAAGCCGUCUGCAAAUCCAAUGAGUUUGAAAAAUACCGUUUGUUUAUUGGGGACCUGGACAAAGUAGUCAACCUGUUGCUGUCACUCUCUGGUCGACUGGCCCGUGUGGAAAAUGCUCUCAACAGCAUCGAUUCAGAGGCCAACCAGGAGAAGUUGGUGCUGAUAGAGAAGAAGCAGCAGCUGACAGGGCAGUUGGCAGAUGCCAAGGAGCUGAAGGAGCACAUGGAGCGCCGGGAGAAGCUGGUGUUUGGUAUGGUCUCCCGCUAUCUGCCUCAGGACCAGCUCCAAGAUUACCAGCACUUUGUGAAGAUGAAAUCUGCUCUCAUCAUUGAACAGCGAGAGCUGGAAGAGAAGAUCAAGCUCGGGGAAGAGCAACUCAAAUGUCUCAGGGAGAGCCUACUCCUGGGGCCCAGUAAUUUCUAAUUCCACCAGCAGACUGCCUACACCAUCCCUGCCCCGCCAUAAUGGGAAGCGCUUUCAGUCCUUGUUAGCACUUUGUUAGCAAGUAGAUAACAGUUAGUUAGUUAGCAGUUUGUUCCAUAUUCUCUACCCUGGACGUCUCUCACUGCCCCUUAACCUAGCAGUGUUCCCAACCAGCUAAGAGGACCUGGGGAGGCCCCAAGCUUCUACCCAAGGGAGUAGAAGCAAGAAGCAGGAGCUGCAGCAAAGUGUGAUCAUACAACCACACUUUCCUUCCCACAGUUUGCACGGCCAAGCAUUCACCACACACAGGACCAACAAAGUGCCUUCGUUAUUCUUUGUACUAGGACACCAGGAACAUCAUGUACUCAGCCACCCACCCACACCAUCAUCAGCCUUUGAAGUCUCUCUCAGAGAGAAGUUGCCUGUGCAGCUCCACUCUUCCCCAGGGCUCGUGGCCCAGCCAUUUCCCACAGAGAUCUGGCUGUCUUGAGGGCAUUCACCUACCACCAGCUUCAGGGCCUCACCCCAGCUUUGCAGUAGGAAGCACAGAAGGAGGAAUGACAUUUAACAGAAUGUGAGCAAAGGUUGGGAAUCGCCUGAUACCCUGCUAGAAGGAGCUAUGCUUAAACAAACUGGCUCUACCCCUGCCUUCCCCAUUAUCUAGUUGAGGGGGAGGAGGCCUAUCUUCAGCCCCAGCUAGUGUGGCCCUCCUCCUGUCCUAAGACUUUGGCCUACCACUUCCUGUUUCAUCUUGCCUUCUCACUGCUGGGAGUUACAGGUGCCUACCCUAAGGGCUUGACACUAUGGGCCAUGAAUAGCUCUACUAAAGCUGACUUCUGGAUACAUGUUUUAUUAUUGGGGGGAGGGGGUUGUUGUUAUAUUUUAAAUGGCCUUUUGAUUUUAUUUAUUUUUAUGUCUUGAUGGUUUUUUUUUUCUUUUUUAACUAAUAAGGUAAGAAGAGGGGAGUUGGAGAGGGAAAAGUUAGCCCAGAAGGAAAGCAUUGUCUGCAGAUCAGCCUGAAUUCACCAUGGCUAGGUAAGCAAGUGCCAAGGCCUUGAAUUCUUCCCACCAUAGCUAACAAGUGUCUAAGGAAGGAGUUCUCACUUCAAACUCAGAGUUUCCCCACUGUGGCCUGGCCAUAUACUUCCCUUGAAGUCUGGAUGACCAUGAGCUUAGAGUUCCCCAACAGGCUUCAACUGCUUCUUAUUUUUUCUUGAAACCAAAGAAAUCUGAAAGGGACAAAGGUUCACCCAUUUCUCUACCAUUUCCAAGCUAAGGAAGGCGUAGAGGUGAGCUCAGGAAGAGCUCCUCUAUCUAAUUGUUUUCUUAUCCUGUGGCCUGGCUCGAGGAACCGAAAUUCAUGGUAGCUGGAAGCUCCAGCCAGGGCCAGCCCCCCAGAGCAAGUUAUAAUCCAGCCCGGAUCUUAGGCACACAAAUAAUGAAUGCUGCUGCUGUGGCCACCGGUAGCCAGUUUCUAUCCUGGAAAAGCCCUCAGGUGGGUGAUGGCAGGAAGGGAGUUGUGGCCAAAUGCUGCCCUGUUACCCAGCUCAGUCUUCUGUUCCUUGCUAACUGGGGCCCAUGCUUGGUAUUGCACAGCCCUGUGCAGCCAACCCGGCAUUGGCAUCGCUUCUAGUUACUGCUCAGUUCCUCAGGGUCCUUGGAGGUUAACUGUAGCAGCAGGGGUGCCUCAUUCAACCAAAGAAUUUGCCAAGGAACUUUGCUGCUGCUACAAAUACUGGUUGCUAGCUUCCGUUUCCUCUUCAUUGUAUUUGGAAACAAUGGAAGAAUCUUGGCCAGCAGGGUGUCCUGUGGGGAGGGGUGCCCUGAGUAUGCUCUUAGUACACUGCUGCUGUCAGAACCACUGUUAAAAUGUCAACCUGCCAUUCUCCCAUCAAGUGGAGGAUUCUGCUCUAUUCAGGAAGGCUGAUGGCUUAUAAAGGGCUAGGUUUACCUAAGCCAAGGUUGCAUGAGAUGGGGGAAUGCUUUGAAUAGAGGCUGUGGUUGCCAUCAUUUUUUUUUUUUUUUUUUUUUGUAAACAGGCUCUUAAACAGUGAGCAGGCGGAGAUGUCCUGUAUUGGGGAGGAUGAGGCCAAUGUAGCCCAUCAUUCUAAUAUAUUUUUUUUUUUUGCCAGAACAGCUUUUUGGGAAUAUAGCCCAGGGAAAAAAAUAGCCACUUACCUGGACACCAUGACCAUGCUCUGGGCUUUUCUAGUCAGCAUUAGAAUGAUUGUAUCUUAAGUUUAUCAGACUAAAAGUACUAUUGACUUUGUUAUUUGUGUUCCUUAUCCCACCUCCAAUUAUUUUAAAGUUGGGAUCAGAGUACAAGAAUGCUCAUUUUCACACGGAGGGACAGUUUCCAAAGCACUUAAUACUAUAUUGAGCAGUGAAGCUCGGCAAAGGUGAAUGACCAGACAGGCACAGAUGCCCCACAAUGCUGACGUGGCAGGCCCAUCAUGAGUGAUAGCACUGCAAAGCCACCGGUAUUACUUGAGAUGCAGUAUCUCUUGCCUGUUCUCAUUUCCUGUGCUCAGCCCUCCACCAAGGCCUGCCAGGGAGUAGCAGUUUGGAAGGCAGGGCAAGGGAUUUCCCCGUACAGGCCACAGUGGGUAAUGUGUAAGCACAGUGGUUGAAAUUUAGAGAGGAAUCAGUGUAAGGGGCUUUGGGUAAUUGAGUCUCCUUGAGUCCCACCAGCUGCAGGCUCAGCCAGGGUAGAGCAGUAAAUGCUCAAGGGGAAGCCAAGAGAAAAAGGACAGAGACACUGAAAAAAAAAAAAAGCCCUAGAAAGUGAGAGACUGGAAGCUGAGGAACGGAGAGGGUGAAAAGAUGAAAAGCCUCUUUCAAGGCCAGGUUCAGGUUCUGUUUUCCAUUUCACCUCAUGUGCCAAAAAGCUGCCGAGGGGCACCAGAGCCACAGCCUUAACCCCAGCCUCCCUAAAGGUGCUGCUCUGCCAGUAGCAGGCCCCAAAUGGAGGAAGCUGGGCACAUUUCUGGCCACUUCCUCCUGUCUGGAGCUUGAUGUCUCCCUCUGUCUUUGCCAAAGGAGUUGUCUAUGCCAAUAAUAUUUCUGUAACAGCAUAUUGUAUUCUUUGAAGAUUAGUAGGUCUUUAGAGGGGGUGGGGCAGGGGGCAAUUUCUAUAGAGAAAGAACCAGUGUUUGUUUGUUGUACAAAUGUUGGGGGGGGUCAUCUAUCCCAUGUGAAGCUAUUAUUUUUCUGAAUCUUAUUGUUUCUGCAUUUGUGUCCUCCACCACUCCCUUCUUGGCUGACAUUGAUAUGCCUGCCAGAUUGUCAUCAAGGGUCAUACUUCAAUAAAAGGUGCUAAGGACAAAAAAAAAUUAUCUCACGUGUUUUGACUAAGGUCAUGGAAAUUCCCUAAUAAAUAUUCUGCUGAAAAGUAUUGGAAAGGAAUUUGGUCACCUAUCCAUAGUCCUUCAUAAGUAACCGUAUGAUCAGAGCCUUACCCACAUCCCUAAACCCUUAUGCUGGCCACUCAGGGAUAGCACUGAUGCUACACCAUUCAUUAUUCCCAGUACAAUAACUGAGAAUUCAGGAAGAGUCAACAAUAGGCAUGAUCUCAAGUGUAGACCUCAGCAGUAUACAGAGUCCAGUUCUGGAGUCUAUCCUGAUCAGAGGUGAGCCACUUUCUAGACCUCCUCCAAUCUUGAGUUCUCUCUACUAGUAUCAUCUGACUUCUACCUAAUAGUUCAGUCUCACACAUUUACUCUUAGUCACUGAUCAGCUUUCCAAGAUAACCUCAAGAUUUAGACCCAAAUAUACUCCAGGCAGCUCCUCUGACCCUGAAAAUCUUUCAUAUUUGCCCCCCCAUCCAUACAUUAUUGAUAAAGACUGUUGUGGCUUAAAAAUAAUAAAUGAUAGCCACCAGCUAUAUACUAAGAGGUUGUUUGUUAGAAAGGCAGACUCCCAGGCUCCACUCGAAACCCAAUGAUAAUAGUCUGCAUUUUAACUAGACUCCCAGGAGAUUCAUAUGCAUAUUAAAAGUUGAGAAGCACCAGCUUAUCACAAACAGGCUCAAUACAUAGUAACCAUCAUUCGAGUCCUGAUUUACUCAAUUCAUUCUUUUCCAACCCAGACACAUUCUUGCUCUUCUCAUAUUGUCACAACUACCUGCCUAAAUGAGUUUAGCAAGGUCUCAGGACACAAGGCUGAUAUAUAAAAUCACUUCUGUUUCUAUACACUAGCAAUGAACAAUCUGAAAACAAUUUCAUUUAUAGUAGCAUCAAAAAGAAUAAAAUACUUAGGAAUACAUUUAACAAAAGUAUAAGAAUUUUAUACUGAAACUGAAAACAUUUUUGAAAGAAAUUUUUUAAAAUUCAAUAAAGGCACUCUAUGUUCAUCGAUUGGAAGAGUUAAUAUUGUUUAGAUCACAAUACUCCCCAAUUGACCCACAGAUUCAGUGCAAUCCUUAUGAGAAUCCCAGCUGGUUUAUUCGCAUAAAUGGAAAAGUCAAACCUAAAAUUCAUAUGGAAUUACAAGGGGCCCAGAAUAGUCAAAACAAUCUUUAAAUAUAACAUAAUUGGAGGACUCACACUUCUUAAUUUCAAAAUCAAAUCUCACUACAGAGCUACAGUAAUCAAGACCGUAUAUGUACAAGGUUAGACAUAAAAAUAAAUGGAAUAACAUUGAGAGUACAGAAAUAAACCCUCAUAUUUAUGGUCACUUAAUUUUCAGUAAUGGUGCCAAGACAAUAAAAUGGAGAAAGAAUAGUCUGUCAACAGAUGAUGCAGGGACAACUGGGUAUCCACAUGGAAAAGAAUGAAGUUGGAUCUCUUCCUUACACCACACAACAAAAUUAACUUGAAAUGGAUUAUAAAGCUAAAUGUAAGCAUUAAAAUUACAAAAUUCUUAGAAGAAAACAUAGGAAUAAAUCUUCCUGACAUUGGGUUAGGCAAUGAUUACUUCAGUAGAACUCCAAAAGCACAAGUGACAAAAAUAUCAAUAAAUUGGAAUACAUCAAAACUUUAAACUUUCGUGCUGCAAACAAUACCAUCAAGAAAGUGAAAAGACAAUCCACAUAACUGGAAAAGUACCUAAUAUUGGGCUUUUAUUCAGAACACAUAAAGAACUCUUACAAUGCAAAAACAACCAAUUAAAAAUGGGCAAAGACUUUUUCUUUUUAUCAGAAUAGACGUUUCUCUGAAGAAUAUAUGCAAAUGACCAAUAAGCACAGGGAAAAAUACUCAACACUAAGGAAAUACAAAUCAAAACCACAAUGAGAUACCAGUUCAUACUGACUAUGAUGGCUAUAAUAGAAAAGGCAAACAAUAACAAGUGUUGGUGAGGAUAUGGAGAAAUUGAAACACAUACAUUGCUGGUGGGUAAAAUGUAAAAUGAUGUGGCCAUAUUGGAAAACAAUUUGGCAGCUUCUUUAAAUGCUAAACAUAGAGUUUCCAUAUGACUUAGCAAUACCACUCCUAGGCAUAUAGCCAAGAGAAUUGAAAACAGGCAUUCAAACAAAAACAUGUACACAAAUGUUCAAAGCUGCAUUAUUCAUAACAGCCAUAAAGUAGAAACAACCUAAAUGUCCAUCAGCUGAGGAAGGGAUAAACAAACUUUGUUGGGAUAUUAUUCAGCCAUAAAAAGGAAUGAGGUACUGAUACCUGCCACAACAUGGAUGAACCUUGAAAAUGUUAUGCUAAGUGAAAGAAGCCAGUCACAAAAGAUCACAUAUUGUAUGAUUCCAUUUAUAUGAAAUGUCUAGAAUAGGCAAACCUACAGAGGCAGAAAGCAGAUUAGUGGUUGCCAAAGGCUGGUGGGCUGGGAAAAAUGAGGAAUGAUUGCUAAUGGGCAUGGGGUUUCUUUCUGGGGUGAUGAAAAUAUUCUAAAAUUAGAUUGUCAUCAAGGUUGCCCA